AGAAAAAGGAACAGUACAAGAUGAACCAGCGACCAAAGACAUGAUUCUUGAGUGGCGUAUUUACACGUAUAAUUAGCAGUUGUAUAUAUUUUUGAAGAAUCGUAGGCGUCUUCAAGUUGUACCUUGUGAGACCCCAGCAAAGUUGUAUCGGAACGGACCACCCCAAUUUCAAUCAUUUCUAUAGGCUCUGUUUCGCGGUAGAGCUAAAAUGUCAAUGUCUUCAUGUAGCAUCCUGAGCGUCGUCGAGAUAACCAUAAGCUCCAACUCUCCAAUGUAGCCCAGUUCUUCAAAGUACAAGAACACGACCACGAACGCGACCAGUUGAGGCGACGAACCUUUAUUUGGAGCUACUUCCUACUUCCUCCUUCCUACUCCUCCCCAGCGAACAAAAACAAUCCGAAGCAACCGACACCGAGUACAACACUGGUGACGCCGGAACGAACGGUCUGCUGAAGCUGCAGUGAAAAUUAUACGACAGUACCGUAUUUAGCGCGAGGACCACCACCUCUACUAGUUCUAGAAGCCUGGGAAGAAGAAUUACAGGAUGUCCGCUUCUACUUCCAGCUCGAGCAUCUACGAUGCCAUCAAGGCACAAAACCCGUCCUCCACGCUCCUUCAGGAGAAUAUGGGAGUGUCAGGAUCAAAAUCAACAAAAUCGAAAUGAUCUGCAAUGCAUAAAAUGCUACGCAAAAACCGACUCUGUUGCAGAGGAUGCAAGGAAGGCGGAUUGUAGUCCUGGUAAGGGUUCAGUGUUGGGCUGCAGACUAGCAUGAGAGAAGGCAGCUCUUUUGCCCUAAGCCGCAUGACAAAUUCGUUUCCAGGACGGGUGGAAUUUGUCAUGCGCCGACUACAAACUGUGGGUCUAACUGGCAUUGAUUUUGUGCAUCACAAGUUUUUCGAUUUUGUCAAUUUCGAUUCUGACACUUCCAUAGAGAAGGCGGACCAAAUACAAGCGUACGGAAACCAGAAGUUGUACCACCAGCUCGUCUAUCCUGUGGAAAAGUGUCGUAAGCUUGUACGCAAAGAUUGCAGUACUUAUGUGCAUGACAAAGCUGCUUCCUAAAGGCUAAAGUAGCAUGACAAGUUCCAUUUGUAGUGCUGACGAAGUUUGUAAUGCAAUUUGUACUUACAACUACGAUCACGAUGCUUGUUUUCCACGUCAUACUGUCGAGACGGUGUUCGAGUUGCUACCGCUGCUCACCGAGAAACUGCAGAACGACCUGGUAGAAAAGGAGAUCAAGCCGAUCGCCGGAAAACUGAACCCGGUGCGGUACAUAUCCCGUUUAAAAGCGUCCCCGCCCCAGAGUUGUCAUGCAGAUUUGCAACAACAGAAACAUUUGCCAUGCGCAUCCCCAUGAGGGGCAUUUUCCAUCGUGUUUGCGAGCAUUUGUAAUGCGGUAAACAGAAUAAAGAGAUGGAUUUGUGAUGCGGCUUUCCUUGCUGACCCGCACUACAAUACAGGAGGGGGAAGUUUGCCAUGCGCGACUCGCAAAACUGGUGGAUUUGUGUUGCAAAGUGCCCAACUUGACUACGGGGUGGGGACGUUUUUCCUCAGGAUAGCACAUGGAAUUAGUCGGAAUUCUGCUCAAGGCCAAACUGUCGACGACGAAUCCCCCGAAGCAGGAGAAAGACAACCUGCUCGCCUGGCUCGCGGACCACUUUCAGCCCUUCGACAUUUUGCCGAAGAGACAGCCCGAGCCGACGUCCUAUGGAAGCGUCAGGAUCGAAAUCGUCAAAGUUGAAAUAAUCUGUGAUGCAGAAAAGCGAUACAAGCUGAAGCCCAGUUUGCAAGUGGCGCAUGACAAAUUUUAGGAGCAUGGAAAUCCAGUUUGUCAUACUGUUUGCGUGGAGAAGAUUGCUUUUGUCAUGCUAUCUUAGCAGCUCUACCUCACACCCCAAACAGGCUGAUAAUCGGCCUCAGUUGCCUGCUCUACAAGACAGGCCCUUUGCGCCUAGCAUUUUAUGCAUCACAAACUAUUUCAACUUUGACGAUUUCAAUCCUGACACUUCCAUACGUUCAGCACAACGACUACAACCGGAGACAAAGAUGGGAAAGACAAAACUGCUAUCCACCGGUGCAAAAAUACGAUCGUACCGUGCUUCCUCGUGCAAGGAACUAUUGCAAAAUAAACUGCAUGACAAAUAAAGUGUAGUUUUCAACGACAACGUUUAUAGCAGAAUCUGCAUCAGAAAGUCGUGGUCCUUUUUUCAUCUAUUUCAACAUUCGGAAGUUUGUCAUGCUCAUGCAUUUGCAUGAAUGUUGUGCUUUAGCUUUGCUAAGCUACAUCAUAACGAUUACAAUCAGACGGUCGUACCUUAACUUUUGCAAUGCAUAUAUGGCAUUCUCAAACGUUACAUUCUCAACUGUUACAUGGAUUUGUCAUGCAUAACUACCUGAAGCCGCCAGAUAAUCAAGCGGCUACGCAUGACAAAUCCCGGAGGGCUAAACAGCAUGUAAAUCUGUGUGGAAUUUGUCAUGCAAAAGGAGCAAUCUUCCCCCUUUCAUUUUUGCCGUUCUUGCAUUACAGAUUCAUGUAACAGUUGAGAAUGUAACAUUUGAGAACUCCAUAGCAUAAGUGACAAGGAUGGGGACAAGAAGAUGGAGGACGCCGCAAAGCCGACGUCCUUUGCGGCAAAGAAGAUUGGGCAGCUAUGAACUGCAAAAGUAUCGUACUCGUAUAAAUGCAUUACAAAUUUCCUCAGCACGUUGAGAAAUAAAAUUUGUAAUGCGGAUUUGCCUUCAGAAAAAGAUUUGUAAUGCAAGACUUGCAUUUAUACGAAUAGGAAUACGAUACUUUUGCACAGGAUAGCAGCUGUCGCACUACAACAAGGCCGCGGAGGCGGAUUUUCUGGACGCCCGGGCCCUGCAUCUGUCCCUGAAAGCCUCUGUGUUGCUACGCAUUGCAAAUUUAUCCUUGGCUACUUUGGAAAAGGAAACGCCGCCCAGAACAAGACGAGAUUCCUUUUUCAUCUUUUCACGCAUGACAGAUCUGGAGGUUACAGAAACCGCGCAUUACAAAUUCAAUAUCAUGACAUAGAAAAACUAAAACAAGGUAUUUGCAAUGCAUAGCUAGUGAGCUUCAACGACUUGGAAGCAGCAAAAGAAACCGUCGCCGACGAGCUGAACUAUGCUAUUGGAAAACUGCCUUCGAUCGACGAUUUCGAUUUGUCUACUGAUUCUUGGGCAUUGAUUCAGGAUCAGCAUAUACAAGUUUAUUUCUUUACCUGUGCUUUUGCCGGUAAAUGAAAAUGUAAUAAGCAAAUAUAAAGAAUUUCAGGACAUCUACAUCACAAAUAGCUCCUGUUUGAUUACCAGAGCAAUUUUUGCCUUGCAAAUUCAGACCCAGAUCGAGAUUGAAUAUCGAAGGAAUUUUACCCUAGCAUACCAAAGACGAGCUCUUCAAGUACCGGGUACCCGUCAGCGUGAAGCCACGAGUUUUAUGCAUUGCGAAUUUGUGGAUGUGGCGAUCAUUCUCCGACAGAUGAACAUUUUGUCAUGCAAAACUGGCGUACGACUGGGACUGCUGUGCUCUUUGUAGCACGUGCACUUGUCACCGCGACUUCUACUUUUUUGCCCUCUCGGGAGGUAAUUGUUUCAUGAAGCGUAUUAGCACCAGCAAGAAGUUGGGAACUGUGUUGUGACUGAAAAAUUUGAAUUUGCAUGAAAAAUUAUAUAAUUCAGAGCAGCUCGUCGACACAUCAAUUAUUUCCUUUCAUAAGGCUUCGCUUGGUUUUACAAGAGUCAGAUGCUGGUCUACCACCUCGCGCAGGACAGUUCCAAGUAUAGUGAUUGUUCUUUGUGGUCGUGUAAGUACUACGUUUGUCAUGCAAAAUUUGCAUUCUAGCAAGGCUCUAGUACCAGAUAGGAGAAUAAAAAUGCACAUGGAGAUGUGUUAUGAUGAUGAUCAUUUUGCAUCGGGAAUUAAGAAAAAGAUUAUAAGAUUGAUCACGAAGCUCUUUAGACGACGGGCAUUGUAGUUGUAGAACAAGAAGAUAGAAUGACAAGUAGCCCUUCAAAUUGCGAAAAGAAACAUCACACAAAAUCCCCACUCACACAGGUACUAUGCCGCGGGUGUGAACUACCUCCGGUACACUCCCUUGUCCGAGGUCGAUUUCCCGCUUGUCGACCUGGCCGUCAACCUGGGCAUUGCCGCACUAGUGGCCCUAUGCAUUGCAAAUAUAUUCGAAUCUGGGUCCUCUGGGAGGAGGCCGCAAACUUGUGAUGCGGAGUCUGAAGUUAGUAGAGAAAAAUCUGUCUUGCGGACUUCUCAGCAAGAUGAGGUGUGCGCUUUUCCUCGUCUCCACCCGAAGAGGAAGAGGGCAUUAUUUCAUCUGAUGCAGGAUGGCAAGGACAAGGAGAAGCCUCCGGUGCGGAUGAACUUGUCAUGCUCUGCUUGCGUUCUUGCAGUUGCAGACCCGGCUCCAGAAAUAAAUUCGUGACCAGUUGUUUCUGCAGUCUUCCAGAGGACCCAGAUAACCUAUUUGCAGUCGAUACGCCCCGGGGGAAUACAAUUUUGGGCAGUUGCUCGGAAUGGAUAUCGUACGAAAAAAGUGUUUCACUGUAAGGAUGAUGCAACUUUUGCAUCACAAGUUUAUUCUACAUCACAGAGAAAAUUUGCCAUGCGAGGUUCCUACGGGAAAACACAGCUAAAAAUCCAUUGUCUUGCACGUGUAGCAAGACAAAAACUUCUCAGAUACACUUUCUGCAUCACAAGUUUACAGUGAAGCAGUUUUUUCUUGCGAUAAUGGAUCUCUUAUAUCCCAUGUGAAGAUCGAUAACUCCUCAUCGACGACGCCCUCAAAACUACAUGGCAUCCUUGCAUUCAAAUCAUUUGUAUUGGGAAAGCACUGCAAGCAGCUCAGCAGCAUUACAAAUUCCUUUUGCCGUACUUCUCUACGCAGGAUAUCAGGUUUAGGUGAGCAGUCGUGGUGAUAUGUCUAUGCAUGACGACUUGGGGCAGUCGAUGGAGAUGAUAAUUUUCCAAAGCACAAUCGUCAGCACGACCUGAUCAAGAACCAACUCUGGAUCUACGACCUGCUGUACGCCUUUCAGGGUAUCCAUGGAUGAAAACUGAAAAUUCGCGCAUAUCAUUAGCCUGAUGGAGUCGAAAACAAUAACUAUUUUUGGCAGCGCUAGUAUGCUUCCGGUCAUAUCUACUACGCUGUGAAGAGAAGAAGUGCUUCAUCAUCUAUGAAAAAUACCUCGUCUUGUUCCGCUUGAUACUGACGAAAUAAAAAACAGAAUUGCAUGCGCCGCAGUCCCAUAGAAGGACAAGGAAUCGGAAGCAUGCCGUCGUAGAUUUGUAAGUUGUUAUUGUUUCUUGUGUUCCACAGCAAAUGAAACAGACUAGCUACCGAGCAGAGCUACUAGUACUACCUUUUUUGCGAACAACGAAAAGGAGCAUGAAGCAGCAGUAUCAUUAAUUAAUAUUAAGAUAUUAGAUGCAUGACAAACACAACCAAUGUAGAGCAGGACCAAGCGCAAACAUCCUCGGUCCAUCAUCUCAGGCUAAUAAUAUUGUGCUCGAAAAUAAUUUUUCACAGCUUCAUACCGGAGGGAAAAUACGAGCUCUACGACGCUUGUCAGAAAAAGUGGGCGGCUGAGGUAAGAAAGAAAUUUUGAUUUCGCUUGUAGCUUUGACUUUAUCUGCUCUAGUUGUAGUGUGUGCAGCAUGUAGUACUCUUUCUACUCUAGUAGACUAGUGUUGAAAACAGAGAUCACGACUGAGAAGUGUCAUGGCAAUAGUACUCUUUACUCCCUAGUAGAGGUAGAGUGAAUAUGUGAUGCAUGGUGCGCUACAUGUGUAGUUCAAGUUCUUGUACGUCAUGUGUUUCUAUCGUUUUUAUUUGAUCCUAUCACGACAGAUUAGCAAGGCGAGUAUUUUGAAGGAGAAGGAGGCGGAGAUUUACGAAAAAUUCUGGUAUCCAGAUUGAUCAGAAUUUGUGUGGAUGAGUCGAAAACUCGGAGUCGGGAUUUGCAUUGCAGAAAGUGAAAGGCGGCCGCCUUGGGUGUGAUGCAUGUGCAUGACAACAUGCAACUUUGUCAUGCUGCUAAACUACAGACACCAUGCGGUUGCGGACGUUGUGCAGGUCAAUUUUAUUACUGAAUAGAAAUUUUCUAUUUUAUCACUGAAAAGAAAUUCGGAUAGUUUUUCAGUGCUUUUCUGAAAAGCAGUGAAAAACUAUCCAAUUGGACAGCAUGAAGCCCGCCUGUGCCAAAAGUCAGAGUGAAAUACAAAAAAUAAAUUCCGUCCGGGAAAAUAAAGUUCAUUCAGCAAAAAUUUUCAAGUCCAUAUUUCCUCCACUGUCCUGAUGGAGUUCGCGUUCCGGCAGCCGAAGGGGAUAAGCAAGUGGAAAAUCACAGUCUCACCGUGCCGGUGGCCGUGGAAUAUGAUUUUUACAGAGGAUGAAUUUUUCUUGAAAAUGCUUGUUGCUGUUGACGUUUAGAACAGUAGAGAAACGGAUUUCUGCCGAGCGGCAUUUACCAUUUCUUUUUAACUAAUAUCUAUGCGCACAACCCCCACAUUCAAAAGUGCCAAAAAGAGAAUGACACGAAGUACUACACUAACUCUCGGGCUACUGCUACGUAUAACAAAAAAACGUAGUCACUCGCAUGACAAGUUUCAUCUACUUCACCCAAGCAGCUGCACGGAGCUGCUGCAGACUGCUGGGUGAGACUGCUGGUUUUCCACAGGGAUAAGCGAAGCGUACGAUCCAGCUGAACGAUAUGGAAGCCUCAGAAAAAUGAUCCUCAAAGUGGAAAUAAUUUGUGAUGCAUGAAAUGCGACACCAAAAAGACUGCAUUGCAGAGAACGCAAUGGAGGCCGACUAUUGUGCUUCUACGGGCUGCCGAUUAGCACGAGAGACGGGCACCCAUUUUCCGAACUAGCAUGACAGACACGUUUAUUUGAGUGCUGCCCGGGAUGUUUGUCAUGCGCCGACUAGAAAUGGUGCUUCGACUGUAGUCGUUUUCUUGCAUCACAAAUUUUAUUCACUUUGAGGAUUUCCAUUCUGAGGCUGUCAUAAACGAGCUGCGGAAACUGAUCCGGGUGGAAGACAUCGAGACCCUGCUGAUCAACGCGAUGUAUCCUGUGGAAAAACGUCCACACCCCGCCAGAUAUAAAGUGUAAAAGUGUCUGGGUGUGGAAGAAUGCAACUUGUCAUGCUGCGUCUGCAUUAUCCAAAAAUCUGUAUUGCAUGAACAGCAAAAGUAGAGGUCUGGCUUUGGCCCCGGCGAGAGGGCAUUUCUCAUGCGGUAUAGGCAUCAGAAAGCCCUCUUCACAAGAUCUGUGAUGCUAAGGCAUGCAUCGCAGACAUCAGGAGUCAUGCAAAAUGUGCAUGACAAACCUUGCAUCCUUCCAGACCCAGACAUUUUUACAGUUGAUACCAGAGUUGCCAUGCUGAUUUGCAGUUCUUUCAGAAAUAAUAAUGAUUGUAAUGCACACCUCCCAUGAUGAUCAUGAAGAGGGGCAUUCUCUAUCGUGUUUUGGAAUUUGUAAUGCUGGGAACAGGAGAAGGGAAUGGAUUUGUGGUGCGGCUCUCCUUGCUAAACUGCGCAACACUAAAGAGAUGAACUUGUCAUGCGCGACUUCCAAAACUUGCGGACUUGUGUUGCUAAGUUCGCAAUUUGGCUAUGGGAUGGGAACGUUUUUCCUCAGGAUGCGAUGUGUGCGGAUCUCAUCAAGGGAACGAUCGACCAGGUGGAGCAGAUAUCAAAUGCAAAUACCUCUCAGUCUAGAAGAUGUAAUGCUAUGUUGUCGUGCUCGUCUCACAUGAGUCUUGAAUCUGUAAUGCGUGAGCAGGAAAUAUAAAGCCUUUCGCCUGUCGUGCAAAAAUUUAGUUUGUCAUGCGGAAAGCGAAAGCGAAACGCAAAGGAGCCAUCCAGAAACUUGUCAUGCGUGGCUGCGCAUUGCAGUGAACCCACCAUUUUUUGCUAUCCAGCAUCACAAGUUUCCUCCAGACCCGGACAUAUUUGCAUUCGAUAGCAGACCUUCUCUUACCACUACGUCAAGCCGCGUGUGCUGGAUAAGACGAGAAUCCACGACCUCGAGAGCAGGGUAAGGGUAUUUUUGAAGGAUAGUACUUUAGCUACAUCUUUAUUCCACGAGGACCUCCGCCCUCUUGUUCGUGAUGCGUGACAUGUAGAAAUGUCUUCACUUUAGUUUCGCACACGCGCAUGACAAAUUUUCUCACUCUGAUUUUGUCUACCGCAUCACAAAUUUUCGUAGGUCACCACAUGGAUCGAGCAGCAAAACGUGGUGUUGAAGCAGUUCGAAUAUGCACAGUGCAAAAGUAUCGUACUAUAGCGGAAAUCGCAUCACACAUUCGCACAGCAUGUUCAGAAAUCGAAUUUGUCAUGCUGAAUCACGGAGACACCAUAGCCUAAAUAAAGACUUGUCAUGCAAAAAUAUUGCGAUUACUACGACAGACUACGUGUACGAUACUUUUGCAGAGGAUAUCGAAGAGCUGUAUGAAACAGGAAGAUUUUUUCCUUGUCUUCAAGAAGGAGAAGGAUGAACUAAUUAAGGUUGUCAUGCGAAUUCGUCAAGAAGAGAAUUUUUUAUUUUUGUCAUGCUAGCUAGGAUCUCGAUCUCCCGUGAAAGAAACGUUGGCGUGCUGCUCGUUGCACUUUGGAGUUUUACUCCUCUAUCUCUUUGGAAAAAGAAAAAUCUACUGCAAGGUCGGCGGGCCAAUGUUGCGCAUCAGCACUUCUUAGAAAAAUAUCGAUCCGUCAUUUGUUUUAUUUCGACAAGGAUCAUCUUCUUUCCUUUCAUACCCUCACCCCGGAGUUGCUGGUGACGGUGUGAUAAUAAGUACCAAGGGGCUCCUGAACACGACGACGACGACGACGAAGUAUAGAGAUGAAAAUCGUGAUCUUCCCGCGUGUUCUUAUCCCUAAGAAAAAUCGCGCCAUACCGUCGCGAUUCGUGGGAUUUUUUUAUUCUAGGCAAGGCCUGGCGUGUCUGAGGCGAACAAAAGCGCCACCGCCCAGGGCUAUCCAAAGCCUUCGCCGCGCAUCAUCCAGAGGGUCGCGCUUUCGUGCUUAGCGCAGCCCCAGCUCAUGCGCCAGGGAACGCUCUGCACACUGACAGAAUAACCGCCGGCCACUGUGUCCAAGUUCGCGCGCCCGGGCGCGAGCUGAUGCCCCACCCAAAGAGCCCCCCCAAGCCGGGGCUACGCCGGCGGUCGCACCGGGCCGCGGCAGUGUGCGCGCCCACUCGUCUCUCUUUGUGUCAGGCAGCAGAUGAUGGCCCCUCCGGUGUUGUCUUUGGUGCCUGCGCCGUGCCGUCGGUCCUAAAUUAGGACCGGUGGGGCGCUGGCUCCAUAAAAUGAUAUGUAUAUGGCUAUGGGACCAUGUCCACGAAGCAAAGAUGGUGCUUCAGCUGCGCACGUUCCCGCUCGUGCAUAGAUAAGAACACUACUGCAGCGACCUGCUGUGGUGUUUUGGGAUGAAGCAGAGUUGUAGCUUCGGCUCCAAAUGUUCCCGUUCUCGUUUUCUGUUGUUCUUAUCCUCCAACUCCGUGCAUAGAUAAAGAAGUUCUCAUCUAUGCACGGAGAUGAUUGGACGAUCAGAAUUGAAGCGUCUCCGCCAGAUGUUCCCGUUCUCUCAAACAUGCUGUUCUUAUCCCUCCUGUUCGUGCAUAGAUAAGAACACCAUUGUUAGGUCGUUACAAACGUGUUCUUAUCUAUGCACCAUUUGGAGGAUAAGAACAGCAUGUUUGCGAGAACGGGAACAUCUGGCGCAGAAGAUGUCAUUCUGCUUCGUGCCAGCACCACCGUCAGGUCGUUACAAACGUGUUCUUAUCUAUGCACGGCGUGGAGGAUAAGAGCAGCAGUGUUCGAGAACGGGAACAUUUGGCGCAGAAGCUCCAACUCUGCUUCAUGCCAAAACAUCAAUGCCAGGGCGUUGCAGUAGGUGGUCUUAUCUAUCUCUCCGAAGCGUUCAAACGAGUACCAGGCGGGAAGCUUUCAAGGUCUUCUGCCAGUGCGUCCACCAUCGCCGCGAAAGCGGCGCCAACGGCGAGUGAGCGGGGCGGUGGGUGGGAGAUUGGGUUGCGCUUGAAGAGUUCCAAGGGGUCACGAGGGGCCUGCGCACCAAGUCCGCACGAGCCGGCUUGCGGCCUUUUUUGGGUUGCGAGUACGUAGGGCCCGGGGCCGCGGAAAAGAUGCUCGCCUGCGCCGGAUGGCUGUGCUGUGCGUGCCCGUUGGGCGCGUCGAUCUGCGCAGUGGGGGGGCGCUCAUUAGUCUAGGUCUAGGUUCGUCGGGGUGCUGAAAUGCCUGCUGGUUCCUCUAGAACGACGCCUGGGCCGCGUGCAAAAACCCACCAGGGGAGGCAACAGCACUUCUACGCAGGCGCGACCAUAAAAACUGCAGCGCCUGCGUUGGCGCAAAAAAAAAGGCAAAUCCCGACGGUAUGCUGCGAAUUUCUUUAGGGAUAAGAACAGUGCUGAAGAUCACCUAUUUCGUCUCUAUACGAAGAUGUUGGUGGAACCACAGUAGAAGCUGUGAGAGUGAGAAACUGGAUGAAACUAGCUUAUUGUUCACGACGACCUUCAUUAUAGCGAAGUUCGUUGGACGAGGAACUCGUUCUGAUUCUCGGCGUUGAACUAAAAAGAACCAGUUCAGAUCUAUGACACCAACGGUGCAGCUAGUCAAAGGAAACUCCUUUAUCGCUGUAUCACGAACAGCCGAUCUAGCAUCAUUGGGUGAGACAACAAGAGAUGAAAUUCGAGAUUUCAACUUUUAUUCGAGCAGAAGGCAAAAGAAACAUUUUCACAUUCUUCUUCAAACGGUUUAUACGAGGAAAGUAUCAACAACAAAACUACACGAUUUUUUCAAGAAGCUGAAUCUCCUGGUCUGACGAAAAAAAAUUAGUCCAAGUGAGGACUUGAUGUUCGCAACAACGACGACGUCAGUCUUCCGGCCAAAGGAACCAAGUGCAAGUCGUAGAGCGAGUUCCACCUACUUUGAUGCCUUUAUGUGUUCUUGCU